GCAGCGGCCACCUGAGGCCACCCGCGCACCCCAGCCGUCGACCUCUGAGACGCACCAGCGGACGGUGGCCGAGCCGGCCGCCGCCGUCUGCCUGUCGGGCCCGGCCGUCGGCCCCGCGGCCUUGACUGUGCUGCCGGAUAAGCCGGGUCGGCCGGUCCCCGCCCCGGUCCCUAGCUGGGCCCGCCGUCCGGCGCGGCAGACCGAGCGGCCGGCCAGCGCCGCCAGUGGAAUACGCCCCGAUCAGGCCAGCUCCCCUCGAGAUCAGCGUGAUCCGAGCAGUCCUCCCGGAGCGCGCCCCGGCACGGCCAGCUCCCCUCGAGGGCAGCGUGACCCGGGCAGUCCUUCCGGAGCACGCCCCGGCAUGGCCAGCUACCCUCGAGGACACCGUGAUCCGGGCAGUCCUCCCGUAAGGCGCCCCGGCACGGCCAGCCCCUCCAGAGAGACCCCAGGUCCGUGCGCUGCCGGCGGAGGACACUCCGGCUCGGCCAGUCCGGGAGGAAGCCCGGGCCUGGCCAGUCCUUGCCAAGGACGUCUUGGAUCUGCUGGUCCUCCUGGAGGACGCCUGGCUCCGGCCAGCCCUCUCCGAGGACACCUCGUUCCGGGCAGUCUUCCCGGAGGACACCGCGGUCCAGCCAGUCCUCCCGCCUGGAUCAGCGAGCCGGCGCGUGAGGAAGAACAACCAGACGCGGCGGCUCAAACCCGCUUCGUGUUGUCACCAGCUGAGCGGAUCGUGGAGGCGCCCUCCGCCGGCCAGCGGCGGGCGGACGGGACCCAGACCAGCCCCCGGACAGGCCAGGCUGUCAGCUGCCAGACCGCAGCCAACGCCGACCAGCAGACGGCCUCUCAGACGGACGAGACGUCUCCGACGUCUAGCGACGUCAGCAGCAAACUCAGUUCGCUGCUGACCCCGCCAGCUGGCACCACUGUGCACCCGCUCCUGUCCGGCCCCGGCUCGCCAGCUCGCAGCGGCCCGUCCAGCCAUAAGUCCACCGCGUCUGGAGAGGAACUGUCUGAGGGCGAGGUGCGGGCGCCGUGGCUCCAGUGGGUGGAUCGGACCGACUCGGCCACCGCGCUCGGGCCGCCGCCGCCGCCGGCCGGCGCUGGACACAUGCCGGCCGCCCUCACAUCCCGCGUUGGGACGGACACCUCCCUCAGCGAGGGCGAGGUGACGGGCGACACCACACCCCUCGGCUCCUCCUUCCCAUCCGGCACCACCAUCCGACUCUCGACCUGCCAGCUGGCCGCGCUUCGGCCAUCAGCGAGUCAGCUGACUGCGUCCCGGCGCUCCUCAGGCCAGCUGACGGCGCCACGACCGUCUGAGAGCCAGCUAACGGCGAUCGGCCUUUCUGCGAGUCAGCUGACUGCGUCCCGGCGCUCCUCUGGUCAGCUGACUGAGCCACGACCAUCUGACAGUCAGCUGACAGCGCUCGGACCGUCCGCCAGUCAACGGAUCUUGCCCCAGCCUUCGGUCGCUCGGGUGGCCGCGUCCCGGCGCUCUUCCGGUCAGCCACGACCAGUUGAUAGCCAGCUGGCGGCUCUCGGCCCAUCUGCUAGUCAGCCGACUGCAUCCCGUCGCUCUUCCGGCCAGCUGACGGCGGCCGGACCGGCGACCAGCGAGCGCUCAGCGUUCCGUUCGGCUUCGUCCACUCAGCUGAGCACCCUCCGACUGGAGUCAGAGCCGCGGCUGGGUGGCGGGGCACCAGGCGAGCCGGCGGCCGCUGACGCCGAGCUCAGCGACGGCGAGCUUGGUGCCGGCGUGCGCGUGCGGCACGUGCGCAUCAGAGAGGUGCAUGGCGGUCCGCUGUUCGAGCGCGGCGAGGAGGGCGCCGCCAGCGCCAGCUCGCCAGAGCUCAGUCAUGAUCAGUGGUCGGAGGGCGAGGCGCCGCUCGGCGAGGGCAUCGGUCUCGCGUGAGUGGGCGGCGAAGUGGCGACGUGGCCCGGCCGUGGCUGGGCGACUGGGCUUUCAUUGCAUGUGUGCAGCUGUUGGUUUACACGUUUUAUAAAUACAUUG